GCGGAUGAAAUGAUUGCUAAAUGGGCUUCCUUUUUUGCCCCACCUUACCUUUAUUCCAACUUUUCUACUUAUAACUUGGUGAUUGCACCUUUGCUCAUCGGCGAGCAGUGGUUAUGCUUUGCCUUUGAUAUGGAUACAAAGCAUGUUUCAAUUUUCCAUCCUGGCAGGCCCCUUGCUGCUCAACGCAGUUUUGUUGGUCAGUGGUACUUCCAGGUUCAAAAGAUGCUUAUCGGACUUAGUCUUCCAUAUGGGCAACAUUUUCAGAGUCGCGCUUCCCCACUCGUUAAGUGGAAAAUAGAUUAUUAUCGCUGGAAUGGGCGCAUUACUGGGAAGUGGUUCCAUGGCUUCCUAGUUGCUGUGUUUGCAUUGUAUUUAGAUGGUGUGGCUGCAGAAACUCCGGACCCUUCAAUGAACCCUGAGUACUCGGUCAAGUGGACCUUGUGUCGCCUUCUUCUGGAUAGGCCGAUGAACCCACUGCGCCCCGAAGGCUGGUUCGGAAGCAGCCCAUAGCUUCCUGGGUAGCAUGAGCCCAUUUACACGCUUUGCAAUGGGACCGAGCUUUUUUGUGACUAGGCCCACUUGAGUGUAUUUUGUACGCUCAUAACCGUCCCCGGGCUCCCGGCCUAGUCGAUCUUAUGUUUACUUAAUUUGUUCAUCGUUUCCAUUAGGUACCCUACCUACGCACUGUUGGAGGAGGUCCUACUAUGUACGUGUCCUACCUUAUGGGCUCCACAAGACUUUGUGUUUGUCUAUCACGCGCUUGUAAUGAACAUAUGAUGUGUAUUUUUAUCGUGGUUUGUAUUUCA